AUGCAAGCAUCACCUCGAUCAGCUUCUUCAUCAAUCUCGCAAGCAUGGGCGAAGCAGUACGCGCCGUGGGCACUAGCCAUCAUCUUCUUCGUCUGCCUCGUUCUGAUGUCGAUUUCAGGAUGGGGUUUCAAGGGCACACUGAGCGACGACCUCUACUUUUUCAAAGUCAAAUUCACCGAACUCGAUAUGAUGGCGUCCGACCUACCAAACGACGACUUGACAGCCGCACUCAAGUACUCCGCCGAAAGCAGCAAGCUCGCACGGGUCUAUGAAGUCCACCUUUACAACUUCUGCCAGCGCAACCACGCCGAGCGGGUUGUCACUUAUUGCCCACCAAGGAUCUCUUCGGUCUCCACCGUCGCCGCUGUGCUCAUCAGCACAGCAACCUUCUCCGCUUUCGUCAGAGCGAUGAACGAGAUCCUUCAGCACUACCGUGUUUAUCUGACCGUGGGCACGCAUGAACUUGUGAUUGCUUGGCUCGCUGUGCUGUGCGGCUGGGCCAGCACAUCCUUCUGGCUGUUCAGCGCCUGCAGCUGCCCCAGCCGCAAUGAUCCACAUCAUCGUUCGAACAAAGGCGGACUAUGGUCCUCACCGCCAAGUAACUACGGCCGCCGCAGUCGUGUGCUCGUGGAAAAGACUGGCGGUUUGUAUGAGGGUGUCUUAAAUCCUUUCUUGGCGGAGGACAAGGAUCCGUUGGUGACGGAGUACAAAGGUCCUGCGAGUGGUAAGUUCGAGCCAUAUAUGCAUCGCAACAGCGAGUAA